GUUGUGGCUCACACGCGCCCCGGAAGCUGCCUGUGCGCUGGGGGUCAUGAUGGGCAGCAAAAUGGCGUCCGCCAGCAGGGUCGUUCAGGUAGUCAAGCCACAUACUCCAUUAAUAAGAUUCCCUGAUAGAACUGACAACCCUAAACCUAAUGUAUCAGAAGCUUUGAGAUCAGCAGGAAUGCCGUCACACUCUUCUGCAAUGUCACAGCAUUCUAAGGGAAGUAAAUCACCAGAUUUGCGGAUGCAGCAGGGUCCACCAGACACUGCAGAAAUAAUAAAAACGUUACCUCAGAAAUACAGAAGGAAACUUGUGUCUCAAGAAGAAAUUGAAUUUAUCCAGCGUGGAGGUCCAGAAUAAUCACUGACAAUGUGGCUGCUGUUUGUCAUCAGACAAAAGAAUUAUCUUUACAAUAAAGGACUUCCAAAAUGACAAAUGAGAAAUUGUACAUUAAACCACUUUAAUGAAAUAUUCUGUAAAAAAAGUGAAAUAUAGAAAAUUUAGAUGGACACUUAUAUAUCCUAAUUUAUGUAUCUGGGUCAGCUUCUCCAUAAGCUUACCUAAUCGUUUAUAUACUUUAUUCUUAUUAAAGUAUACAUUUUUAAAUG